AACCUUCCAUCGGUCCUGUUCUCAGAGAAUACAAAGUGAGAGCAUGAGAUUUUUUUCUAGAGCUGCUGGUGUUGUCCAGUCCUCCAGCAGGGGGCAGUCACCUUGAAAGUGACCAACACGUGCUGCAGCAACAGCAGCAAAAAUGAGGGUGGUCUGACAGUGGGCCCCAUGUGGAUUACUCAGCAUACAUGUUUCGCAUUCAAGAAUGUCUCUGAUGUCCCACUUCCAAGUUAAUGGAGGAAAUUUUAAAGCAACUUUUGAGAGAUUCCCCUUAAAAAUGACAUGUCCUCCUCUUGACUAAUUUCUGCUCCAAAAUCUUUUGAGAAUGGAAAUUAAAUUCACAAUAAAAUAAACGAAAAAGAGUGUGUUAGCCCUGAAUGUUGGGGUUAAUUCUUUAUUUUAAAAUACACAACUUAUAGUUUGAUUUUAUUGCAUACAUGAUGCAAUAUUUAAAAUAACACUUUUUCUGUAACAAAUGUCUGCAGUUUAACACAUUUUAAAUUUUAAAAAAUAUUUCCAAAACAAUAUGUUUUAACUUGCCAUUAUAGUGUCUUCCCUUGUCACAUUUCCAUUUUAUUUGUCCUUUAAAUAUUCUUUUCUUCAAAUCCAGCAUUUCAAUCAGUUACAACCAUUUGAGACACUGUUAGGCCUAGACAUCACUGGACAAGCUUGAAAUUUUAGCAGCACACAACCACCUGUUCUAUAUGAGUACAGUCAUUUCUUUGUAUUGGUGGAUUUAUGAUGUUUCAAUGUAUCAAAACCUCGGCAAAAGAUCCUUAGAUUCUUUCUAUCAACACACAAAUACUUUACUUUUUCAUUUGAAUAUAAACUUUGACAUUGCAUGAAACAAACUUCAAAUUUAUUAGCCAGUCAGAAAUAAAACAAACAGUAAAAAGUAAAAAUCAUAACAAUAUAAUAACUUUUACAGCUGAAAUAAAGUCUUUCUUGAUUCAUUCUUAACAAAUUCUGAUGCAUAGAAUUUUAUGGGGGGCAUUUUUAAGGAAAUUUCUAAGGUAAUCAUUGCAAAUAAGGAAAGUUUGAAUAUUUGUUCCAUCUCCCCCCAAAAUGCCUGAUACAGCAAUAUCCAUUUAUAGAUACUGAAACUUUAAUUUAAAAAAAAAAGAUUAAAAUAUUAGGAUUCUUAAGUUCCACAAAUUUAAAGUCAAUCUAUGUGUAAAAUGUUCAAGUAGAACAAACUUGGCAACUACAGUAAAUACAGUGCAGGAGAUGAGCUCGUUUCUUAUUUCAUGUGCAUGUAAAUCAAACACUGCUUCUUAUGUUUUCUAUGUAAGAAACUAAAAAUAUCUCAACACCUGAGGCCAGAAAUGAACAUACAAGCCAAUUCUUACAAAUUAUACAAAUGAAAUCAUUAACAAUUUUUUCCAAUUUGCCCAACUUGUUUUCACAGACUAAAAAAUGCCUGCUGACACAACAUUUUACAUUAAAAACUUAGCUGCUUUUAAAACUAAAAUGCGUUCUUCAACUUUUCAGCUCCGUAUUCAUUAGCUUCAGUCCUGGGGUCAGACUGAAUUAACUCUCAUGGUAAAUAAAUGCUACAGUGGGUAAAUGAACUAUAGACACAGCCAAAACAAUUCUACAAAAAACAAUCCAACAAGCUCAUUAAAAAAUUCACAGAUGUCUAGUUUUUCAUAUAAAGUUCCUUAGUGAGCGAAGUCAAGGUCUUUGCAGGUUGUGAGAAACACAUGGUUUGCAUAUGGGAUUUGACUCACAUGUACUAAAAAUAGUUUCCCAGCCAACAAGCACCAUAUGGACUGAAAAUGCAAAUUAAUCAGAGUUGACAGGAUUUGAUAACACGAGGUGGCACAGUAUCUAAUACAUGAUAUAACUAAUUUAAUCACUUCCAUAAAUAAAAACGAUCAGCAAAAAUAUAGUUUCCCUUUGAUCAUCUUGUAAUCAAACUUAAGCAAUCGGUGUAUAUAAUAUAUAUGCGCGUGCGCGUGCGCGAACAAUGAACCACCAGGUGGCGCUUGGCAUUCCUCUGACAGCCAGUUAGUAGGCCCACAGAGAGGCUGUGUCUGAUGAGCUGGGCCAAGUCAUAAACCAAAUCUAGAAACUUCAUUUCUAGAUUUUCUUUCUCAUUUCUUUCUUCUGGUGGUGCAUCAUAAAACAAACCAGCUGGCUUGAUUUUGUUUAUUAUAAACUGUCUUAGUCAUGUAACAUGGAAGAUUAUAAAAUAUAAGUUAUAACAGAGGGAGGUUAGUCUGCAAGUUUAUGUUCUUAACUGUAUCAUAAAAGUGGCGAUGCGGGUCCUAAUUUCUGAUUGGUUUACACAUUUGAAGACGGUCUAAAAUAUCCAAUGAGCACACACCUGUAACCAUACUGAAAUAUUAAUACGCCAACCGGAAAUCGCCGCUCCGUCUCAGCCACUGCCGAGGGACUAUAUUACUCGGCGGAAGAGUAAUAAUCAAAUAAUCCCACCACUACAUGCAUAUGAUUGCCAUGAUAGUUAGAAUCUAAGUUCGUUAUGUGGUUGACAUCUGUACCCUGAGAGGAUGAGAGGAGCAAACCCUCAACAGCACCAAACUUUUCUUUUAGAAAUAUUAUUUUAUACACCUCUCUCAAACAAGCAACAUGGAGAAGCUCUCACAUGGUAGACCGGUGAGCUCUACACUCUUCAUAAAUUAAUUUUAAAAAUUUAAUCUCAGUGGUACAAAUGAUUGACAAAAGAUAAGACAAGUGCAUUGGUUUAAAUCUUGAUGUAGUUUUACUUUGAAAUAAAUAAUUUAUGAUUAGUAGAAGUGCCCCAAGACAAAAGGCAUCUCCAUUCAACAGGCCCUUACCUGUUAUGUGUUUAUAUCCUUAUUACAUCUGGCUUUUACUAAAUGAAAUUUCAUUAGCCUCUGCACUGGAAAUGCUGAUCAUUUAUUUAGUGAACAAGACACCUGACUUUCAAACUAUUUACACAGUCCCUGUCUGUCUGUGUAGAACACUUUCCUCCUGAUAAUAUUUCCAUGAUUUCUUGUCUCUGCUAAAACAAGACGUUUAAACAAAGCACUCUGACACCUUGGAGCCUGUUGUGAGGAGAAACCAUCAAGGUCCCAUGGGAACCUUUUUUUUUUUUCUCAGGGUGGUGAUGCAGAAUUGUUGCAAGUGACUGUGAGGAAGAACCGAGGGAUGGCGCUAUUUAUGUCUCUGUCACCCUUAUCAGCUCCCAAUCACUGAUCUGGGGCCAGUUCGGUUGUACUACUUAAUCAGGACACGGAGCAGAGUGAGUGAGGAGCAGAUGUCAGAUCAGUGAGGAAGGUUUGGGAUUGCUCAAGAAGAUGAUUCACAGUGUAUGGUGACAGAAUGGAGACUCUCUGUAUGACUCUGUCUGUGUGGUAUGAUAGAAUUACUUGUACUGUUGGGUUUGCGAGGAAAAAGUAGAGUCGCUCGUGGUUUUGAAUAGAAGGUGAAGAGGGUGGGUGGGGGAUGUGAAGUAUGGAUCUUUAUCAACAAGGGAGAGAGAGGUGGGGGAAGGCUGGAGGCAUGAUGGGGGAGGCUGUGGUUGCCACAUGGUUUGGAGAGGACUGGGUUUAAAUUUACCAUAUAGCCUCAUCUUUAUCUCGGACAUGGAGCAGCUUGAGAAAUAAGACUCUCUCGCAGCUAAAAUGCUCAAUAAUUCAAGUUUAGGCAGACUUUCUUAGUCAUGCAAAAAUGUUUAGGACAUGUAGAUUGACCGGGGAGGCCUUUGAGCUCAGAAGCAGCACGCAUGUGAAAAGUGUUCCUCAUCCAUGGAGCGUUUUGGAGACGCUUUUCCAGAUCUGCGCCAGGUUCGCAGCAAUCUGUUGUAAGAUACUUUCAAACAAAUCUGCCCUCCAUCCCCUCCGCCCCUAACACCGGCUGCAGCUUAUGUUACAGUGUCACUAUAAAAUAUUCAUCCAUGGAAAAAUCUCUUUGAUUCCAGUCGGCGGGCUUGGCUUCCACGCGGGUUAAAGUCAGCCCCUAAACAUGUAAUUCAAACUAAAGCGUCGGCAGGCUUCAAGUGCAACCCCUCACCUUCCUCCCGACAUUUUUUUGCUCCAUCGAAAAGGGUGUGUGUAGGGAGGGAGGGACGCCACACACCGUGAGAAACAAGUUUUUUUUUUUGGUCUGCCUGUGCCAUCUCAUUCAUUCACGGAGGGGGAAAAAGGGAGGAUGUCCGCUCCCUGUCCUACAGGAGGGCCGGGUAAAGGUGGCGGAGAAGACCCCGCCAAGUCCACCGCCGCCGCCGCCGAGCAGGAGGACCGGACUCGACCUCAGAUCCUGUCGGGACUGGGUUUCUGCAAGUGGUUCAACGUCCGGAUGGGCUUUGGAUUUAUCUCAAUGACCAGCAGCGAAGGGAGCCCCGUCGACCCCCCUCUGGAUGUUUUCGUCCACCAAAGCAAACUGGUGAUGGAGGGCUUCCGCAGCUUAAAGGAGGGUGAGCAGGUGGAGUUCACCUAUAAGAAGUCCUCUAAGGGCCUGGAGUCCCUGCGGGUAACCGGACCUGGUGGGGGACCCUGCGCAGGCAGCGAAAGGAGACCCAAGGGGAAGGUCCCACUCCAGAAACGUAAACCAAAGGGAGACCGCUGUUAUAACUGUGGAGGUCUGGAUCACCAUGCCAAGGAGUGUGGCCUGCCCCCCCAGCCAAAGAAAUGCCACUACUGCCAGAGCAUCACGCACAUGGUGGCUCAGUGUCCCCACAAGGCGCUGGCGCCUGCCACAGGCUCUCAGGACCAACAUGCGUCUACCUCGGCCUCCAGCCCAGGGACCGGGCCCUACCUCUGCCCCCUGGAGGAGGAGGAGCGCUCUGGCUCGUCUCCCCUGGAGGGCUCCUCCUCCUCCCCGGAGGAGCCCCACACACACCGCGGCCCCCGGACCCAGAGGUGGAGGAAAUCCUGAAAACAGCCCCAUAGAGGUGAACCUUUCACCACCCUCUCCCCCCACCGACCCUCAUGUCUCCCCUCAAUCAAGGAUACCUGAAGCCCCCCCCUUCAUCUACCUCACACCUGUGAAAAAAUAGGAGGUCUUAAUUUCUUUACUUUAAUUUUAUUUGUUGUUUUUUUAUUUUUCUAACCAGCGCAGCUAUGGCAACGAUCAACGGGGUACAGAUGUGCGUGAAUGUGUGUGACUGACUGACUCACUUGCAGUCAUCUGGUGCAGCUAUGGCAACCACCGCUGGAAUGGUGACUGCAGGGAAUGACUGUUUUUUUUUUUUUCUUGUUUCAAUCAGUGCAGCUCAAGAGCAAAACUACGUGGUAUGAAUCUUGGUUUGACAAUUUUUUCCCUCCUCACCCCACCCACCUUGGACCUAAGUGUUGGCCGUUUUGAAUGCUUUUUCCUUACAGAUGUUGUCGAUUUUAAACCCGCAAAUUUAUAUCCUGUAGGCCUAAUCGUUCAGACAAAAUCAAGAUGCAUCCUUUUAGCACACACAGUAGCUCAUUUUAAGAAGGAUUAGAAGAAGACUUUUAAAAGCUCAAGACCCUCUAAGUGAUAAUCCAGACCCAUAGGAUUGUUAGCUUGGCUUCUAAAGAUCUCUAGGGAAACUUUAUGGAUAUGGAGGGAAUUUAAAAAAAAAAAAAAAAAAAAAAAAAGACAGUGGGCCUGCUACUCUCGAAACACUCACUACAUACCUCUCUCUUACACAAAAUAGACCGGACCAACUGAUUGUCAAAGGCUGAGCAUGUGUGUUUGUGCAUGCGCUGUGAGAGAGAGAACGAGAAAGUGUGUGUUUGGUGUGUGUGUGUGUGUGUUGUGCAUGCUCUGGAAGAAAAGUCAAACUGUCAGACUGGAGCACCUCUUCUUCAGGUGCAGGUCAACACUAUUAACCUUUCAGUUCCCUACUAUGAUAGAUAGACACGCCUUAGAGAAGAUAUCAUAUAAUUAGGCUAGAUCAUAGUUUAGAUUCAAGGUAAUGAAUCGAUCGUUAGACUUCCACCUUGGUUGUUGUAUAAUUAGUUUAAAAUAACGCUACACUUUAUAAAUCAUAGUAUAAGUCAUUAAUAUAUAUGUAAAGCCACAAGAUAUAAUUGAAAUUCUCUUAACUUUAAGUAAUGCAUAUAUAAGGAAUUAGCUCUGACAUAGGUGAAUAGCCCUGUAUAUUGCAUGGGAUACUUUGUUGUUGUGUGAAAACCUAUAGCUCUCUCUCUAUUUAACCGUUUUCAUCCACGACAAAGCUCCACGCCUUCUUAUUCACUAGCUCAAAUAAUCGGCAGUCGCCUCGGACACAGCACAAAGGCUCGCCUCGUUUUUCUUAUAAGUUUAGGAUCAGAUAAACCACAGUGUCAUCACAGCUGCUCUACUUACUUAAUACCUCACCAACUCUUCCUCUCGGGAACGAAUGUCGAAGAACGUCAAAGCUUAUAUUUUUUUCACUCUCCCAGCUGUGCGACAGUUAGGAUCGAACCACCCGUUCCUCUUCCAUCUGUGCCUACCAUUCGUUUAGUCGGCACCAGCCAGGUAAACGCUCACCCCUCUUUGGGAUGAGACACCGUCGUCGCUGCUGCUGCUGCUGCUGCUGCUGCUGCUGCUUCAGACUCACUGAAAAAGAGAAAGGGAUAGAGAGAGAGAGAGAAAGAGAGAGAGAAAAAGAGUGCUGCUUUUGGUAUAACUUGAAUCCCAAGCAUGGCUUUAGUGGCACUUAUUUGUGACCUAACAACUCUUCUCUGACCAUAUUGAAUGUGAAAAGAGCUUAUCCGAAGUUGACCCCUCACAAAGUUUCACGUUGGGUCACUUCGGAGUUGUAUCUUAAUGUUCUGACAAAUCAAAUAUCUUUGUAUGAUGAUAUCUAGCUUGUGUGUGUUUUAAAAGCUCUAAGUAGACAACCAACUUUUUUUGGUAUAUUUCUAUACCAAAGAGUUUGGCUUUAUUUUUUGAAGGCAUUUAAAAGUUAAGACUUGCUGACGUGCUUGCUAUCCUCGCUCUUUCAGAAUAAGAGGGACUUAUUGCUGGAAGCGAAAUACUGCGGUUAUGUUUUUUAUUAUUAUUUUUUUUUUGGUUUUGUUUUGUUUUUUUUAUGUACAGCUUUUUGAAUGUGUGUGUGUGCGUUAAAAAUCAAAUCUCAACAAUGCAACAUGACAGAAAAAACAAGUGAAUGACCAAACCACAGAAGGAGCACAGGCCAUGCUCAAAUCUCUAUGGAAACAACAUCUUUUUCUAUGAUGUAUUUUUACAUUUUUACACACAAUUCCUCUCAGGAUGAUGAACUGUUCUCAGGGAAUUAACCAAAAAAAUGUAUUGUAUUCUUUUGGGAAUCAUCCACUGACUGACUCAACAAACUCUGUUAAGCAAUGGCGAAGAGACGUAUGUAACCGAUUCAUGUACUGAUAUUAGCAACUACCUCUUGAGUUAUACAUAGUUGUGCAUUUCUUUUUGUUUUGUAUAUUUUUUGAUGAGCUCGUAUGAUUAACUUUAGGUCUCUGUUGUACUGAGGUGUUGUGUGAGAAGUUCCCUAGUGUUGCCACAGACUUCCCUGGUCUUCCUUCCCAGAUUUGAUGAGUUACUUUUUUUUCUUUUACUGCAAAACUCUUCUUUUUUUUGUUUACAGCAAAAGCCUACCUCAUAUGCGCUGUUCCUCCACAAACUCCUUACCUCCUCCCAGCCCCCUCUACCUCCUCCAUGCCGUUUGUUUGUUAAUUUUGCCACUUGUCGCACUAGAGUCACAUGGCAUUUUCAACGAAUCAGCCCUGAAGCGGCUCAUCACUUGUGACUCCAAAUAUUAUCCUUACAAUCAAAGCCCUUUUUGAAGGUUUUACACAAAUUUUCAGAAUGGGCGUGUUCUUCUCACACAUCCAGGGUGAAGUUUUUUCUGCCAGCUUUGUGUUAUACUGUCAGCAUACACUCAUCACUCAGCUGCAGACAGCCAGUGAGUUUACCUCAGUUUGUUGGGCUAGCUAUAGACAUGUUAAAUAUGAAAUAUUUUACAUUUCCGAGUGAACGCAUUUUGAAAAGACAUGGACUGUUGUUUUUAGUUUGUAAGUAUUUUAUCAUAACCGUUUUUGUAACCACUUGAUAUGAUGGGCUAAAGGUGGAGAAGAAUAGGAUUGUACUUCGCACAAGGAGUGCCUAUCUCUAUGUUUUGUUUGUCUGACCCUAUUACCAAAUAGAUAUUCUCUUCUUUUUGGGCUCCAUAGUAAUGGCCUUUGUCAGCCGUUUUUACAGCCUCAGAUAAUCAGACGUAUAUGUGGUUUGGAGAUGAUGCCCCUUCUUGUUGCAAACUACAUUUGUAGUUUAGAGCGGCAUUGUUAACAUUUAACAUGAAAUCAGUAGAUUUUUGUACUAAUGGUGACAUUGCAUAGACCUCGUUCUAAAAAAAAUGUUUAUGAAGAUGAAUAUUGUUAUCAUUACUUUUUAAAAACUAACUCAUGAGAUUAAAGAUUGAUUUUGCAUAUGACCGCAGUAUUACAGUUCACACUCAGCUGAGAGAAUCACUAUGUUGCAGUGGGCCUACAUAUGGAGUUGAUGCCUGUAAUGAACAAAAUACACAAACACAGUAAAAUAUAUUAUUGUUGUUAGUAGCUGUAUAUUUUCUUCCAAUCAAUGUAACUACUGAUUGAUCUCUUGUUUACUCUCCUGUUCAGUAUUCGACACACUCAAGAAACUAAUCCCCCUUAAGGUAGACAUAAUCAAAUGGUUUAUCAAGGCUGCAUGUAGGAUAACAAAUUGGUAGAACUGUAUUAUUAAUAUUUUCCCACUUGUCUUAAGUUCUGAAUCAUGUAAACAUGAGACAACACAAGCAAUGAGUCUCAUCAAAAUCAUCAAAAAAAUGUUGCAUAAGGGUUUUCCCAAGAGCAAACGUUUGUGAUCCAGAAUGUACCAGUUGUAUCUCAGCAGAGGGCUCAGUUAGAGUCUCAGACAUUGAAAAGGGAAUGCCGUGUCUCAGAUGUAAUUUGCUGUGACAGAAUAUAAUGAGAAACGAAAUCAUGAAAAAUCUGUGUGGAUACAAACUUGUUAGAUCCCAAACCAAACUUAAUUUGAAAUUUAUACCAAUCUGAGAGUCAAUGCUGGUGCAUUCAUGCCCCUCAGUGGUGGUAAUGAAGAAAUGAAGAAGGAUGCUAUGUGACAUUAUGCAGUGCUCAAAGGCAUUCUAUAGAAGACUGUAUCACUCAUAUAACACCAUGUUAACAAAAAUUGUUAUAUUUGUUGAGAAACUGAGACAAAUGAGAAUAACUUUUUAGAAACACUUUUUUAAUUUCAUACGAUACGGACUGGCAUAGAGUUGUGUAUUUGAAAAGAUAAUUCAUGCUUUAUAUCUUUGUGGGUCCGUGAUUCAGUGUUUUAAAUUGGGCAGAGUUCAUUGCUGUCCUGUGGAAACCAUGUAUCUGGGUUUAAAGGAAUAGUUUGACAUUUUGGGAAAAAAGUGAAAUCAGGUUCUAGCAGAGAGAAGAUCCAUACCGCUAUCAUCAGUGAUUUCUGUCUUUUAAAUCUUAAAUUACCCCCCCCCCCCCCAAAAAAAACAAAAAACAAACUUGUUAUACCUUGUUUAAUUAGUUUUAGAGGUGAUGUGGAUUAUCUCACUUUUGGACAGAGCCAAGCUAGCUGUUUCCAGCCCUUGUUCUAAGCUAAACUAACCAGCUGCUGGCAAAGAAUUAGCCCUAGUUUAUUGAGUCUCAUGUAUAAGCAUACAUUCAGGACACGGAGGUAAUUAUUGUUAAGUUUCACCAGUGGUUACUUCUGUUCCCACAGUGUUUGCUAGUUAAUCUAUGAGAAAUACAAAAUAGGGCUAGACAGAGCUAAGCUAGCUGUCAGGUUGCAGUCUUUGCGCUAAGCUAAGCAGCUGCUGCUGUAGCAUAUGAGCAUAUUUCCCAAAAUGUUGAACUUUUGCUUUAAACUUUGAAUUGUAUUUUAAAUCCAUUUUUAUGGGGUUUUAUUAAAGAACAAUUUAAAUGUUCAGUUCAUUUGUUCAAAGUCACAAAAUCUGAAAACAGUAGGCAUUCAUCAGACAACAACUUAAUGCUAAUUAAAUUAGGAUAAUAACAAAUAAUAUAAUAUAAUUUGAAGGAAAAGUGUUUUAUAAGUGUCUACAUUUUUCAGAUUCUUAAGAAAUGAUAAAUAGAUUAAAUAAAAGCAUGCACACCUGGUCCAAAGACUAUCCCAAAACCCAAGAAUGAUAAGAAAAUUACAUUCAUAUUACAAAGACAGAAAAACUAUAAAGUAUCAAUAAUGUAUCAAAAGCCUUUGGAGACUAACAGGAUGUACUAUGCCAUGAUCCCAGAUAGGGGAACCUCUGCAGUCAGUCUCACUGCUCCCUCGUGUGGUUGUUUAGGGGACGACAGCAGAUGGACUGAAGUUCACAUACCUCAACGGCUGCCUUUGUCAGCUGCUCUGUGCUUUGCCUUGACUGGAGAAACAAUGUGUUUCAGGGGAUGAUCAUUUAUGAUGUUUAUUUUUUUAACUGAACUGUAUCAUGUCGAAUUCAUAUUGUGUUUAUGUACAUGAAAUCAUACUGGGACAGUGGACCUCUAAGGACCUAGAAAUCCAACCAAGGCAGUUUUAAUUGCAGAUACCUCCUUGUAUUGACUAAUAACCUCACAUUUCUCAUGUUAGUUUAUGUUUUUACUCUCUACAUCCUGGCCAGAGGGAGUCUUCUGAGCUCUCUUUCUCUGGAGUACGUCUAGAGCCAAGCACUGAUUGCUUUUGAAUGGGGAAAAAUGUUCUUCUAUGUGCAUAUCACUCAUUAUUUUAGCCCCAAUAUAAGUGUACUGCCUUUUUUUUAAUUUCUGUGAAUCUUGGAUUGGAUUUUUGAAUAUGUCUUAAAUGUUUUACUUGAUUGGAAAAUAAACAUAUUAUAUUGGCAUUAAAGUAUGUAUAAUUUCCUACUAGA